AUGGCAUCUGACAUCAAGGAUAAGCAGGGAGAGCCAACCAAUGAAGGUGAUCACGUUUGGACGCGAUUCCGUGGAGGUAGACGCGAGGGUGAUGUUCAAAAGAUUGUGACGACGGAAAAAGAGGGAGAAAAGGCAGGCGUGAAGAAUCCUCCAAAGGUGCUAUUCAAGGAUCAGCAUGGUCACGAAGUUUCGCAUAAUCCAGGGACUCUGGAGCAUAAAUGA